CAGGCCUCAGCAGAGCAUUAGAUUCAGAAGAAAUGGCCCUGGUACCUUAUGAAGAGAGCUCGGGCAUAGAGCUCCAGAAACUCUAUAACCCUCUUGCCACCUUCGCUUUUGCAAACCACACUAUCCAGAUCCGUCAGGACUGGAGGCAACUGGGAGUCGCAGCGGUGGUUUGGGAUGCGGCCCUCGUUCUUUCCACGUAUCUGGAGAUGGGUGCUGUGACCCUCAGGGGCUGCUCUGCUGUGGAGCUGGGUGCUGGCACAGGGCUGGUGGGCAUCGUGGCCGCCCUGCUGGGUGCUCAUGUGACUAUCACAGAUCGAAAAGUGGCAUUAGAAUUUCUUAAGUCAAAUGUUGAAGCCAACUUACCUCCCCAUAUCCAACCCAAGGUUGUUGUGAAGGAGCUAACUUGGGGACAAAAUUUGGAAAGUUACUCACCUGGAGAAUUUGAUCUCAUACUUGGAGCUGAUGUCAUAUACUUAGAAGACACCUUCAUGGACCUUCUUCGAACACUGGGACAUCUCUGUAGCAACCACUCCGUGAUUCUUUUAGCUUGCCGAAUUCGAUAUGAACGGGAUAGUGACUUCUUGGCAAUGCUGGAGAGGCAGUUUACUGUGAGUAGGGUUCACUAUGAUCCUGAGAAGGAUGUGCACAUUUACAGAGCGCAGAGGAGAGCGCAGAGGGAGGACUUGUAGUGGCUUUAUGUUCUAAUUGAAUGUGUCAGUCAAGGUCUUACAGCUACAGCUCUGACCAUGCUAAUGACGUGGCAGACAGCAAACCUGUCUGACCAGAGCUGCGCAAGGGCAAAGCAUAUGUGUACUUUGCAGACAAAUUCAUGCUUGUCAGUUAUGAUUCA